AUGUCCAGGUAUGAGUUUUUACAGAGUCAAACUGCUCUGAUGAUCUUAUUAAUGCCGGACACACAAAAGACAUGCAGCUCUGCUGAGCCUCCUGUCAACAUGAAACAAAACGACAUUCAGACUCCGGCUUCACAAGAGAGUCAUGCAGACAGAUGUCCUUUAGUGAAGGACAGAGCAGAAGACAACAUUCAGACUGUAGUCAUUGGUGAUGCUGAUGACACAGGUUACUCCGAAGACCAGGAAGGCGCGUUGCAGACGCCAUCCAAGCGCCCUGAAAAGCCACAAGAGGACAGGUCUUUUGAAUGUGAGCAGUGCGGAAAGGCCUUUCCAAAGAGGUUUUCACUUUUUCGUCACAAACGCGUGCAUUCGAUCAUGAAGCAGCACAAUUGCGAAAAAUGCGGGAAGACGUUCUCGCAAGCAAGAGCUCUGGAGACUCAUCUCCGCAAACAUACGCAGAAGUUUGAGAAGAAGAAACUUCCCUGCGCUACCUGCGGGAAGAGCUUCAAAGAUCUCGCCGCACACGAACGGGUCCACGCCGAGGUCAAGCCGUUUACCUGCGAAACCUGCGGACAAGGGUUCACGGUCAAAGGCAGCUUGUACAUGCACCAGAGGGUGCACACGGGCGAGAAACCCUACACGUGUGACACCUGUGGCAAAAGUUUCUCUCUUAUAGGCACGCUAAACUGCCACAAGAAGUUUCAUUCGGAUGACAGGCCGAUAAAAUGCAGCCACUGCAAUAAGAGCUUCAAGUGCAAGAGUCAUCUGAGACGCCACCUUCCAGUGCACACCGGCGAGAGACGAUAUACGUGUAAAGUCUGUGGUAAAGCAUUUGCGCAUCAUGAAGCGAUGACACGCCACAUCCUCAUUCACACCGGCGAGAAGCCGUACAUCUGUGAAGUGUGCGGUAAAAGAUUUCGCCAGAGAAGCAAUUUAAAAGUCCAUAUGCGGGUGCACCAAGAGACACUACUUAAGUGCGAAAUGUGUGGAAAAACAUUCCAGCAUGGUUUUUUGCUACAGGAGCACAUUUCGUCACACAGUCUUACUGGAGAUUCAGAACAAGACCCAUUUUGGAGCUCCAAAACUCAGCUGCAUUCAGACACCAGCAAACCUUUCACGUGCAAAUUAUGCGAGAAGAGCUACAGCAACAUAUAUAAUCUUCGCAUACACGAGAAGCUUCACACAGGCGAGACCCCAUUUAAGUGUGAAACCUGCGGUAAGGCCUUUAACUCUCAGAAAGUCCUUUAA